AAAGGAAGCCAAGGCGGGAUGAGCCGUCCGAUCCCCCCAGAAGCCACGGGGGUGGGGGAAGCACCGAGCUCAGACCGGCGCCGCCUCCGCGGCUGAGAUCUCAAGGCGUUCCGCAGAGGAGCAGACCCCACCCCGCCGCUCAGUAGCCAUGGACAAGGGCCAGCACCAGGAGCCGGACCCCGGCGCCCCACAAGUUGAGGCAGCUGGGACCUCCGCAGACCCAAGGAUUUCCCCUGCAGGUGACCUCUCCCUACAAACUCCUGCUUUGGUUCCAGACACCCCUCCAAACACCCCACCAGCCACGAAGAACCCUCUAGGGAGUGCUCAGCCCCCAGCCUCCCCCUCCCCGGAGGCGGCAGCCUCUCUAGAACAGACAGUACCCCAGAAGGAGGACCCUCUCCUGACAGAAGAGAAAAGUGGGAAUCUUGCUCCACCACCCAGUGGCACUUCCCAGGAUGCUAAGUCGCCUGCCAGGAACAGCCAGCCAUCCCCAACUGCUGCUCCAGGCUCCACCAGCCCCAAUCCUAGACAAGAUGCCAAGAAAGCUGGAGAAAGACACAAGCUGGCAAAGGAGCGGAGAGAGGAGCGGGCCAAAUAUCUUGCGGCCAAAAAAGCCAUGUGGUUGGAGAAGGAGGAGAAGGCCAAAGUCCUUCGUGAGAAGCAGCUCCAGGAGCGGCGCCGACGGCUCGAGGAGCAGAGACUCAAAGCAGAGCAGAGGAGAGCAGCCCUGGAGGAGAGGCAGCGACAGAAGCUGGAGAAGAACAAGGAACGUUAUGAAGCUGCCAUCCAGAGGUCAGUAAAGAAGACGUGGGCAGAGAUCCGGCAGCAACGCUGGUCCUGGGCAGGAGCCCUGCAGCAGAAUUCCCCAGGACAUAAGAACAGUGGAAGCAGGUGCUCCAUGUCGGCAGUAAACCUGCCUAAACACGUGGACUCUAUAAUCAACAAGCGUCUCUCAAAAUCCUCUGCCACGCUCUGGAACUCCCCCAGUAGAAAUCGGAGCCUACAGCUGAGCCCUUGGGAGAGCAGCAUAGUGGACCGAUUGAUGACACCUACGCUAUCCUUCCUGGCCCGGAGUAGAAGUGCUGUCACCCUGCCAGGCAAUGGCAAGGACCAGGUGGUUCCCAUGUGCCCUCGCUCUGCCUCAGCCAGCCCCCUGACCCCCUGCAGCACUCCUAGGAGCCUCCACCGAUGUGCAGCUGCUGAGCGCAGGAAGACAACAGGUGGCAGCCCUGCCACCCCUCGACGUCGGCCUGAAGCCUCCCCAGCACAAAAGAAAAAGGACAAGAAGGAUAAAGACCGAGAGAAUGAGAAAGAGAAGAGUGCCCUGGCACGGGAGCGAAGCCUCAAGAAGCGCCAGUCUCUGCCUGCUCCUCGAACCCGCCUUUUACCCGCCACAGAACUCAGCCCCAAAUCGAAGACUCGACCCUCAUCUCCCUCCACGCCUCGGCACCGGCCAGCCUCCCCCUGCCCCAGUCCAGGCCCAGGACCUGGCCUGCCCCCCAAACCACCUUCCCCACGAGGCACCACAGCCACUGCCAAGGGGCGGGUCCGGAGAAAGGAGGAGACCCCAGAGAGCUCUGGCCAGGCUGGGAGAGAAGAGAAGAAUAAAGAAAAAGUCAGGGAGGAAGAGAAGCUGCCAGCUGCUGCAGCAUCACCAUCACCAACCACCCAGCAGCCAGCCAAGGAGCUGCCCAGAGCAGAGCCAGUGAGGGCUCCUGGGGAGCCACCCUCAGGUACUACCAUCCCAGCUUUGCCCCCAGCCCCAACUCCCCCUCCACCCUCUGGCAAACCCAUGGCUGGCACCACAGACCCAGAAGAGGCCACGCGGCUGCUGGCUGAGAAACGGCGCCAAGCCCGAGAGCAGCGAGAGCGGGAGGAGCAGGAGCGGCGGGAGCAGGAGGAACGAGACAAGAGACUGAGAGAGGAGCAGCUGGCCCGGGAGGCUGAGGCCAGGGCUGAGCGGGAGGCAGCAGCCCGGCGGCGAGAGGAGGAGAGGCAACAGCGGGAAGAGCAGGAGGCCCGGGAGAAGGCCCAGGCCGAGCUGGAGGAGCAGGAGAGGCUACAGAAGCAGAAGGAGGAGGCUGAAGCGAGGUCCCGGGAAGAGGCAGAGAGGCAGCGACUGGAACGGGAGAAACACUUUCAGCGCGAGGAGCAGGAGCGGCUAGAGAGAAAGAAGCGGCUAGAGGAGAUUAUGAAGAGGACUCGGAAAUCUGAGGCUGCUGAAUCCAAGAAGGUGGAUAGGAAGAUUCUCAAUGGGAAGGAGGCCAAAGCAGACCACUCCAGCCCAGAGCCUGAGAAGGUGUCUGAGCCUGAGAAGGUGUCUGAGCCCCUGGCCAAGGGCCUGGAAAAGGAGAUUCUGCCAAGAGAGGGACAGCCUCCUCAGGAGCCUCAGUGGAGCAUGCCGGCGAAAGAGGCAGGGCCACUGGUGAAUGGACUGCAACCAGCUGCUGUGCACCAAGAGAAUGGCUUCACCCCCAAGGGGACCCCUGGAGAAAAGGGGAGUCCCCUCAGUAGAACUGGGGAGUCUCUGCUGCCUUUUGCUGAGGCUGAGGCCUUCCUCAAGAAAACUGUGGUGCAGCCUCCCCAGGUCACAGAAGUUCUCUAAGGGCCUGCCCCCAGUUCCAGAGCACUGCACUAUGCCUCUGUCCUCAAGCCAGGGCAUCCCCAUGCCCCCCACCCCAGGCGUGCCACAGACCCUCCGGGGCUCUCCCCCUGGAAAAGGAAGAAGAGGAAGAAGGGAUCAAAAGACAAGAGAGCUGCUGGAGCUGGGGCCUGGGCUUGGGCGAGGAGUCAGGAUGGGAGGGGUGAUGGGGUCUCCCGGGUUCCCAGGGGUGUCCUGUGUGUUGUUUUUAAUCGGCACCUUAUAAGACUGACGGUGUCCCUGGCCUCAGCUGGAGCCAGGCCCUGCCUCCCACACCACUCCCUCUCUCACACAUCCUCACCUCCCUGCCGCUGACUGGGUCUCACUUGUAGUAUUUCACUUUUAUUCUUGGAAGUGACCUUCUGGGUACAAUGUCUGUGAAUAAUGUAUAUAGCAUGCCCCCCCUCACCCCUGGGCCUAUGGCCCCACUCCCCCCGGGGGCUGGGCCGGGCCAGCCCAGGGCUCCACAGGGGUUUUUCUCUAUUUAAGGGUAACAAAAGGGCCUCCCCCAGGCUCUUACAAUGAGGGAGUAGUCCCAAGAGGGGUGGAAUGGGGAUAUUGGGAACUCAGGGGAGCCUGUACCCACACCCGCCCCCACCUCAGUGUCAGUGUUACAGCAUAUGAACAAACUUAUCCGGAAAUAAAGCCAGAUUCCUGCCAA